CUUUGCUUCGAGGUCUUCGAGCAGCUGGGCCGGCACGGCUGGCGGGCGGGCCGCUCCUUCCACCGCGCCGUCAUCGACGAGAUCGCCGCCGGCCGGCGGGGCUGGCGGGACGGCUUCGACGACAUCAAAGAGAGGGACAGCCUCACCGCACUCUGCUUGGGCUUUGUCUGCUGACAAGGCCCCGCGGCCGCUCCCAGCACCAUGGUGAGAAACAUGGACGACUUUGACUUCUGCCUGCCUUCACAUGCCCAGGGUGUGCUGGAGGGGCUGCAGAGGCUGCGCGCCAACCCCAAACUGGCGGACGUGACGCUGGUGGCAGGCGGUCAGGAGUUCCCCUGCCACCGCGGCGUGCUGGCUCUCUGCAGCCACUACUUCCAUGCUAUGUUCUCUGGUGACUUCGCCGAGAGCAUCGCGGCGCGGGUGGAGCUGAAGGAGGUGGACCCCAGCACACUGGAGAUGCUGCUCAACUUUGCUUACACAGGGAAGGUCACCAUCAACCAGGGCAACGUGGAGGGACUGAUGCGGACCUCCAGCCAGCUCCACUUCCCCACUAUCCAGAAGGUUUGCAGCCGCUACCUCCGGCAGCAGAUGGAUGCCACCAACUGCCUAGGUAUCUGCGAGUUCGGCGAGAGCCAUGGCUGUCCUGAGGUCUCCUCCAAGGCCUGGUCUUUCUUGCAGGAGAACUUUGAAGCUGUCUCUCGGCAGGAGGAGUUCCUCCAGCUCUCCAAGGAGAGGCUGGCCAUCUACCUUUCCAAUGACCAGCUGCAGGUACAGGAGGAGCAGAGCCUGGCUGAGGCUGUGCUGCGCUGGGUACGCCACGACCCAGGGACCCGAGCCCAGUUCCUGCCCGAGCUGCUGGAGCUAGCCCACCUUGUCUCGCUGCCUGACCAGUACCUGCAGAACCUGCUUUCCACUGAGCCCCUCGUACGUGACUCAGAUGCCAGCAAGGCCCUUGUUGCCCGAUCCCGUGCCACGGGACAGAGCGAUGCUGGUGCCUGGAAGAACUCCCCGACCCUACCGCAGAAGCUGGAGGAGGUGCUGGUGGUGGUUGGCGGCCGUGUGCUGGAGGAGAGUGAGGAUGAGGACGGAGGACUGGAGAUGCCAGCUGCCCCCAGGAACUUUGCCUUCUACAACCCCAAAACCAGGCGAUGGAUGGCUCUGCCUGACUUUCCUGAUUACAACAAAUGGGGCUUUUCCCUGGUGUCUCUGAACAACGACGUGUAUGUCACAGGCGGCUCCCGGGGGUCCCGGAACGACACAUGGUCGACAACCCAGGCCUGGCGCUUCUGCCCCAAGGACGGCGCCUGGAAGCCCAUCGCUUCCAUGCUGAGAGCCCGGACAAAUCACACCAGCGCUGUUCUCAAUGGCGAGAUCUACGUUAUCGGGGGGACAACAGUAGACAUGGUGGAGGUGGAGUGCUACGACCCCUACAACAAGAGCUGGUGCGCCAUCAGCCCAGCCCUCAAGUACGUGAGCAAUUUUGCGGCCGCCAGCUGCUUGGGCAAGCUCUACCUGGUGGGCUCCUGUGCUGUCAAGUACAACGCACUUACCCUGCAGUGCUACAAUCCUGUCCAAGAUCUGUGGAGCGUGAUCACGUCCCCCUUCAUACCCAAGUACCUCUCGGCCCCGCGCUGUGCCACCCUGCAUGGCCUCAUCUACCUCAUCGGGGACAACACCAAGAAGGUCCACGUGUACAACCCAGAGGCCAACAUCUGGCAGAAGGUACAGCUCCUGCACACACUCCAUGAGAAUGGUGGAAUGGUGCCGCUGGGGGAUCGGCUCUUUGUCACUGGCGGCCACUGGAAGGGUAUGGAUGGGGACUACCGGGUGGAGAUGGAAGUGUAUGACUGCACCAAGGACCUCUGGACACGGGAGGGCUCCCUGCCCUGCCUCUGGCUCUUCCACAGUUCCUCCUCUAUCUUCAUGGACACCUCCAAGUGGACAGAGGCUUUCCAGGGUGACCAUGGGUGGUAGGAUGGCCCAAAGCAUCGCCUGCCACCCUGUGCAGCAGCUCUCCCCCUCUCGCCUCUCUCCCUGCUCCUGGCUGAGCUCUGCAGGGGGAAAAAUGGAAACGCCUCUGCAAGGCUGAGUGGGGCAUUGGGAGCAUGUCUCAUCCCUGUCCCCCCUUCCCCCCAACAAAGGGAAAAGCCUUUUCCUUAUAAACACGCUUUGGCUAACAUUC